AUGGCGGAAGUGGAGACCUUUUUGAAAGAAUCGCUAUGUGUGAAAGAUGGUCCAGGGUGCCCGUCCAGCUCUUGCCAAAAGGAGUGUGCGGGUGCCGAUGCCGCGGGCCAUGGUUGCCACUGCCCAGACUUGCCAGGUGAGCCCUUGGCUGAUGACUGUGCCACAAAACCGGCUGCCAACCCUUGUGCCUCCAGCCCUUGCCUUCAUAAUGCCACCUGUUCAAGCACUGAAGGGAACCUCAGCUUUACCUGUGACUGCCCCGUGGGGUACACUGGAACUACCUGUGAAAAUGCCACCAGUGGGUGUGACCCACAUUUCUGCAGGCAUGGGGGCACUUGCCACGAGGGGCCUGCGGGCCUCACCUGCCUCUGCACUGAAGGAUACACGGGUGCCCGCUGCGAAACGGACACGGACGAAUGCCUUUCCAACCCCUGCCUCAACGGAGCUCUGUGCAGGGACAGGAGCAGUGGCUAUUCCUGCUACUGUGUCCCAGGCUACCAAGGGAAGCACUGUGACCUGGAAGUGAAUGAAUGUGCUUCCGAGCCUUGCCUGAACGGCGCCACAUGCCUGGACAUGAUAGGCAAGUAUGACUGCCUUUGCCCUCUUGAGUACACAGGUGUCAACUGUGAGUUGGAAAUCGACGAGUGUUUGUCCCAGCCUUGUCUGAACGGUGGAACCUGUCAUGACAGUCUUGGGGGCUACUACUGCUCCUGCCCACUUGGAUUCCUCGGUGAUCUCUGUGCCAUCAACACUGAUGAGUGUGCAAGUCAGCCCUGUCUCAACGGGGGACAGUGCGUAGAUGCUGUCAAUGGGUACAGCUGCAACUGCACAGACAGCGGCUUUAUGGGUCUGCACUGUGAAAUGCUAGUUCCUCUCUGCUGGUCGCAGCCAUGCCAUAACAAUGCUACCUGUGAGGACAGAGCGGAGAGUUUCAUCUGCCACUGCUGGCCAGGCUAUAUGGGAUCUCGCUGUGAAAUUGACAUGAAUGAGUGCAGCAGCAAUCCUUGCCUCCAGGGGAGCGUGUGUGUGGAACUGUCAUGGUCAAACUGGUAUGGAAGGAUUCCAGAACUGCCUUCAGAAUUCAGCUACCGUAGAGCAUCUGGUUAUGUUUGCAACUGUCCUGUUGGAUUCACAGGCAUUCACUGUGAAGAAGACAUCAAUGAAUGUCACAUGAACCCUUGCCAAAAUGGUGGGACGUGUGAGAAUGUCCUUGGAAAUUAUACCUGCCGUUGUCCUGCUGGAGAGGAAGACAAGCUAUUUUAUGGUGGAUGGAACUGUACAGAAGUCCUCCUCGGCUGCAUUCAGCACAAAUGCCAAAACGGGGGGCUGUGCAUUCCUCACUUACAAAAUGGACAGCACACUUUUAGCUGCAUAUGUUCAAAUGGAUAUACUGGAGUUCAGUGUGAAACCGCAACCACGUUGUCCUUUCAGGGAAAUGGGUUCCUUCAGGUUAACAGCAUCACAAACCCUACGCAGGACUUUUUCUACAACAUAAGCCUUCGCUUUCUGACUGUUCAGCCGAGAACUUUGCUAUUUUUUCGAGGGGACAAAGAGACAUUUGUGAUGCUGGAGCUACUGAAGGGCUACCUACACUUAUCGGUGCAAGUCAAUAACCACUCAAAAGUCUUUUUGCAUGUAGCAUACAAUGUCAGUGAUGGGGAAUGGCAUUCAUUAGAAGUAACCAUAGCAAGAGACGUGACUCUUAAAUUGCACGACACCUCUUGCACAGAAACAUGCCUCAGCCGAACUGCUGCCACAAUAGAUAGCGAUCAGCCAUGGUCUGCCUUUCAGAGCACAUUUUUUGGUGGCUUGCCUGCGGGGAACAGGAGUGGUGACUCCUUUCCUAACAUCCAUAAUAUGCAUUCUGCACCUUCAUUUGUAGGCUGCCUUCAGGACAUUGAGAUAGACCAGAUCAUGGUUAUCCCAGAGAACGUGUCAUCGAACUCCUCUUUAAAUGUCAAGGAAGGCUGCAUUAGAAAGGAUUGGUGUGAGCACCACCCUUGCCACAACAAGGGGCGCUGCAUCAACUUGUGGCUGAGCUAUCAGUGUGACUGCUACCGGCCCUAUGCUGGUCCAACCUGUGCUGCAGAAUACAUCCCAGGAAGAUUUGGACAUGAAGAAUCUGUAGGAUAUGCUGCUUUUCCCAUAGAGGGCAGUGACCACAAAAAUGAGACAAUAUCCAUGUUUGUCCGGACACGCAAGCCUUCUGGCUUGUUGCUUUCUCUGAAAAAAAGCACAAUCCUACUUUUUCAGGUGUGGCUGGAAGGUGGGAAGCUUGUGAUGUCAAGUCCAAGCUCCAGAAAAGUUUUUGGAAAACAGACUGUGAAUGAUGGAAAUUUCUAUUUAAUAUCCUUAAAAAUGGAGCCAAAUAAGACAGAGUUGUUCCAAUCAUCACAAAAUCUGGGCUAUAUUUCAACACCCAUCCUAACAAUCCAGAGUGGGGAUAUUAUCUACAUCGGUGGAUUGCCAGAUGUCCAAGAAACCAAUGUCAGCGGUGGGUAUUUCAAAGGCUGCAUCCAAGAUUUAAGACUGAGCAACCAGCCACUGGAAUUCUUCCCAAUCACUCCCUCAUUGGAUUCUGUCAUCGGCAAGCCCACGUUCAUCAACAUAGCCCCAGGCUGUGCAGGAGACAACCUCUGCAAGUCCAACCCCUGCUGGAAUGGGGGUGUCUGCUAUUCUGUUUGGGAUGACUUCACUUGCACCUGCCCACCAAACACAGCCGGGAAAGCAUGUGAGAAAGUGGAAUGGUGUGAGCUCAGUCCUUGCCCCCACGAAGCACGCUGCCAGCUGGUGCAUCAAGGAUAUGAAUGUCUUGCCAAUGCUGUUUUCAGUGGCAGAAGCAGCGCGAUCUUUUAUAGAAGCAAUGGGAAGAUCAGAAGAGAUCUCACUCACAUCACCUUCAGCUUUCGGACUCGAGACUCCAAUGUGAUGCUGCUUUAUGCAGAAAAGGAGCCAGAGUUCAUCAGCAUCAGCAUCCAGAAUACCAAAUUGCUGCUUCAGCUGCAAAGUGGCAACAGUUUCUAUACACUGAGCCUUUCUAGCGCACGGGCAGUGAAUGAUGGGAAGUGGCACCAGGUGACCUUCAAGAUGACAGAACCCUUGUCUCAGUCAUCCAGGUGGUGCAUUGAUUUAGAUGAGGCCAAAGACAGCACAACCAGUGCUGUUGCCACAGGGAACCUUAAUUUCCUGAGGGAUGAGACAGACAUCUAUCUCGCCGACAAAGCGUUCGACCACUUGGAUGGACUGAGAGGAUGCAUGAGCACUGUAGACAUUGGUGGCAUCCACCUCUCCUACUUUGACCCUGCUGAUGGCUACACUAAAAAACCCCAAGAGGAGCAGUUCCUCAAGGUUUCCGCCAACACUGUGGUCACCGGCUGCAUGGAGUUGGAUGCCUGCCUCUCUAGUCCUUGCAUGCACGGCGGGAAAUGUGAGGAUGACUACGCUUACUAUCAUUGCACGUGCGCUGAGGGAUGGACCGGAAGCCACUGUGAAAUCAACAUUGAUGAAUGCGCAUCCAACCCUUGCGCACAUGGGAAUUGCAGCGACCGUACGGCAUCGUAUGUGUGUCUCUGUGAGUCUGGAUACAUGGGCGCAAGGUGUGAGGAAGACAUUGAUGACUGCCUUGGCCAUCUCUGUGCAAAUGGGGCUACCUGCCUGGAUGGAAUUAACAGUUAUUCCUGCCUCUGCGCGGGGAAUUUCACCGGAAGGUAUUGCAGACGGAUACGGCUGCCUUCCACAGUGUGUGGGAAUCAGAACAGAAAUCUGACCUGUUACAACUACGGGAACUGUACGGAGCUCCAAGGACACCUGGAAUGCUUGUGUCUCCCAGGCUUCACAGGACAGCGAUGUGAGGUGGACAUCAAUGAGUGCCGCUCUGACCCGUGCCUCAAUGGGGGCCUCUGCCAGAACCAGCUCAACAAAUUCCACUGCAUCUGUGACGUCAACUAUGCUGGCGACCGCUGCGAGAUAGACUUGACAACAGACCUGGCCUCCAGUAUAUUCACCUCCAUUGGGUCAGUAACACUGGCUUUGCUACUGAUUUUCCUACUGGCCGGCACAGUUUCCAUUGUAACUGCCAACAAACGUGCCACCCAAGGGACCUACAGCCCCAGCCGGCAGGAGAAAGAAGGAUCACGAGUCGAAAUGUGGGACAUAGUGCAACCCCCGCCCAUGGAAAGGCUGAUCUAA